GAGGUGAAUCGGCGCCGUCUCAGCAAUGGCAUUUUAUCGCCUCGCACGAACUGCUCGGAGCCUCCAGCUCCGCCACCGUCACUCUUCUCUCUCCGCCGCGCACACUUAUUCCCACUCGCCUCCACCCUCCGCCGGCUCAUGCCGGAAAUCGUGUGAUCGCUUCCAAGUCUCCGGAACUUUACACUGGGAAAAUAAAUUUAACAAUGACUGCAAUUCGUUGCGGUCUAUUGGAGCCUAUCAUCGUCUUCUUAAGUAUUCAAGCUUUUCAACUGCGCCAUCCGAUGAGAAACGAGAAGAGUCGAGAAUUUCCAAGGUUAAUGAAUGUGAUCGGUCGUGGAUAGAUGUUUAUUUACCGGAAACGGUGCGGCCCUAUGCUCAGCUCGCGCGGCUUGACAAGCCGAUUGGGACUUGGCUCCUGGCCUGGCCCUGUAUGUGGUCAAUUACGAUGGCAGCAGCUCCAGAUAGCCUUCCGGAUAUUAAGAUGAUGAUGCUUUUUGGUACAGGGGCGUUGCUGUUGCGUGGGGCAGGUUGCACUAUUAAUGAUCUAUUAGAUCGAGAUAUUGACACCAAGGUAGCAAGGACAAGGUCGAGGCCCGUAGCAAGUGGUGUACUAUCACCAUUUCGGGGGCUUUGUUUUCUUGGCUUUCAAUUGCUUUUAGGGUUGGAAAUUCUUCUGCAGCUGAACAAUUAUAGCCGCGUUCUUGGAGCUUCAUCUCUGCUGCUCGUCUUUUCAUACCCUCUGAUGAAGAGACUGACUUAUUGGCCUCAGGCCUAUCUUGGAUUGACAUUUAACUGGGGUGCUUUACUUGGUUGGGCUGCUGUUCGAGGAAGCCUUGAUCUGUCUGUAGUGAUCCCACUUUAUGCUUCUGGUGUAUUUUGGACCCUAGUUUAUGAUACAAUUUAUGCACAUCAGGACAAGGAAGACGAUAUGCGAGUGGGUGUGAAAUCUACGGCAUUGAGGUUUGGAGAUUCAACAAAAGUAUGGAUUUCUGGGUUUGGGGCAGCAUGUAUCAGUAGCCUUGCUCUUAGUGGACUCAAUGCAAAUCUCGAAUGGCCAUUGAUGGGGUACGUACUAAACAAGCCCAAUAGCAGUGAC